AUGGCCGACACUAAACUCAAUGGCGCUCGCAAUCGCCGGCCUUCAGCCACAGACAACCUCAUUGAUGCCGCUAAAAAGAUUGAAUCAAAGGUCGAGAACUCUCUGCUCCUCCUGUGGGACGACCUCCCCGACUGGCGUCGCGACAAUACCUUUAUCCUCUCUGGCUAUCGUCAAUCCCAAAACUCCUACGCCCAUUCUUUCCGCUCGCUCUUCUACAUGCACAAUGAGUCUGUCAACAUCUGGUCUCACCUCCUCGGCGCCAUAGUCUUCCUCGCUAGUGCAGCCUACGUUGACCGAGUUGUUCGACCUCGAUACGCGAGUGCCAGUAGCACUGAUGUCCUCGUCUUUGCAUGCUUCUUUGGAGGCGCCGUGGUGUGUCUGGGUAUGAGUGCCACGUUUCAUACCUUGCUCAAUCACAGCGCUACUGUCGCGAAAUGGGGGAACAAACUGGAUUACACAGGCAUCGUGGCUUUGAUUGUUGGAAGCUAUGUUCCCGCUCUGUACUACGGUUUCUUCUGCCUGCCUAACCUGAUGACGGCAUAUCUCUGGGUGAUCUGUAUUCUGGGCACUGGCUGUGGACUCGUUUCAUGGAUCGAGCGCUUCCGUACUCCCACGUGGCGUCCAUACCGUACAGCAAUGUUCAUUGGUCUCGGAGUCUCUGGUGUCGUUCCUGUUAUCCACGGAUCCUGCAUCUACGGUCUUCAAGGUCUUGAAGAACGGAUGAGUCUCAGCUGGGUUGUCCUCCACGGCGCCAUGUACAUCUUCGGCGCUGUCCUCUAUGCGGCUCGUUGGCCCGAGAGAAGCGCACCUGGUUCCUUUGACAUCUGGGGAAACUCGCAUCAGAUCUUUCACGUCUUCGUCAUCCUUGCAGCCGUUACUCACUUUUACGGCAUGGCCAAGGCUUUCGACUACCACCACACCAUCAUGGGUUCUCAAUGUCUCAUGGACUAA